AUGUAUUCUUUAUGUAAAUUGACACAUCCAGCUACCAGCGUUGAACAUGCAAUUAGUUGUCAUUUUUAUAAUCGAUCAGAAACUUCUUUAGUGGUUGCUGGGAAAAAUAUUUUAAGGGUAUUUCAAUUAAUCCCUGACAUUGAUCCCACCAAAAGAGAUGCGUAUACAGAAAGAAGACCUCCAAAAAUGAAAUUAGAAUGUUUGUCAUCUUUUUCAUUGUUUGCCAAUGUUAUGUCUAUGCAGGCAGUAAGCUUAGCAGGAUCUUCAAGAGAUGCAUUGUUAUUAAGCUUUAGGGAAGCCAAACUUUGUGUCGUAGAGUAUGAUCCUGAUUCUCAUGAUUUGAGAACAUUAUCAUUGCAUUAUUUCGAGGAGGAAGACAUGAAGGGGGGUUGGACUAAUCAUUACGAUAUUCCUUAUGUAAGAGUUGAUCCAGAAGGUAGAUGUGCUGCAAUGCUGGUAUAUGGCAGAAAAUUAGUAAUAUUACCUUUUCGAAGAGAGUCAAAACUUGAUGAUCCAGAUAUUGCACUAUUAGAUCCUCAUUCAUCUAGUGUAGCAACAGCUAAAGCUCCUGUUCUAUCAUCCUAUACCAUAACUUUAAGAGAAAUCGAUGAAAAAUUAGAAAAUGUUAUAGAUAUUCAGUUUUUAUAUGGAUAUUAUGAGCCGACAUUAUUAAUACUUUAUGAACCUUUAAAAACUUUUGCUGGGCGAAUAGCAGUUAGAAGUGAUACAUGUGCCAUGAUAGCUGUUUCUUUGAAUAUUCAACAAAGAGUACAUCCUGCUAUUUGGUCUGUUGGAAAUCUACCUUUUAAUUGCACCCAAGCCAUACCUGUUCCUAAACCUCUUGGUGGAACUUUAAUUUUUUCAGUUAAUGCUCUUAUUUAUUUAAAUCAAAGUAUUCCUCCAUUUGGAGUUUCGGUAAAUAGUAUUGCUGAAAAUUCGACGAAUUUCCAGUUAAAAAUUCAAGAAGGAGUAAAAAUUACAUUAGAAGGAUCUCAAGCAACAUUUAUAUCUCAUGAUCGUCUUGUACUUUCAUUGAAAACAGGUGAAUUAUAUGUAUUAUCUUUACUCGCUGACAAUAUAAGAAGUGUUAGAGGUUUCCAUUUUGAUAAGGCAGCGGCUAGUGUAUUAACAACUUGCCUUUGUGUCUGUGAAGACAAAUAUUUAUUUCUGGGUUCUCGUUUGGGAAAUUCAUUGCUAUUACGUUUUACCGAAAAAGAAUCUAGCGAAGCUCCUAUAAUUACUUUAGACGAAAGUAUUCGUGAAGUUCCUGUACCUUCCAAAAGACGAAGGCAAGACGCUUUAGGCGAUUGGAUGGCUUCUGAUGUUGCUGAUAUUCGUGACUUGGAUGAGUUGGAAGUUUAUGGAACACAAGAAGCAUCAUCUUCUGUUCAAAUUACUUCAUUCAUGUUUGAAGUUUGUGAUAGUUUGUUAAACAUAGGACCGUGCGGAAACGUAUCAAUGGGAGAACCAGCUUUUUUAUCUGAAGAAUUCAGCAAUAAUAGAGAUCCCGAUUUGGAAUUAGUCACCACCUCUGGACAUGGAAAAAAUGGUGCUAUUUGUGUAUUACAACGUACAAUAAGGCCUCAGGUUGUUACUACUUUCGAACUUCCUGGUUGUUUAGACAUGUGGACGGUAAUCGGUCCUCAGUCCGACAGCGGACCGACACAAGCUGAAGAUGAUAUUAGUCAUGCAUUUUUAAUAUUAAGUCAAAAAGAUUCUACCAUGAUAUUACAAACGGGUCAGGAGAUUAACGAAGUAGAUCAUUCUGGUUUUAAUACUCAAGGACCUACCAUUUUUGCCGGGAAUUUGGCUAGUAAUAAAUAUAUAGUUCAAGUUUCAAAAGCUGGUGUCCGAUUGCUUAGAGGAUUGGAACAAAUUCAACAUAUACCAUUGGAUUUGGGAUCGUCUGUGGUUCAUGCAUCUACUGCAGAUCCCUACGUUGCCCUCCUCACAGAAGAUGGUCAAGUAGUGUUAUUAACUUUACGUGAAUCACGGGGACAGGGUCGUCUUUCAGUAUUUAAACCAACAAUUCCCACGAAUCCACGUGUCUCGAAAAUAUGCACCUACAGGGACGUGAGUGGUUUAUUUACGUUGACCACCGAAGAAGAGUUGCAGAAUGCCACAUUCAAAUCUGAUUCGAAAAAUAUGAAAAAGGAAGCAGACGACGAAGAUGAAAUGCUUUAUGGCGGAUCCGAAGUGAAAUUUCAAUUGCUACCCAUAACGAAUACUAACGAGCCUAGUCCUCCUCGUCCUUUUGUAAGAUGGAAAAAAUAUUCUCAAGAAAUCAAACCGAAUUAUUGGAUGUUUGUCUUACGGGAAACGGGUACUUUGGAUAUCUACUCCCUACCCGAUUUCCGCCCUAGUUUUCAAAUCCGACGCAUAGGUCAAGGUCAUAGGGUACUCUACGACGUUUUAGACAUGGCUCAAACAUCCGGUAUGGAUGGCUCGGAUGAUCCCGAAAUACACGAGCUUUUAGUUGUGUCUUUGGGUCAUUUGGGAAGAAGACCCAUUCUUCUUUUACGAACCGAAAACGAUUUAAUGAUAUAUCAAGCGUUUAAAUUUGCCAAAGGACCUAAUUUAAAAAUUAGGUUCCGUCGCUUACCUCAAACUCUUAUUUUAAAAGAACGAAAAGCGAAGUUCAAAGUGAAAUACGAAAAUGAAGUGGAGUCGGAAAGAGCGACGAGACUAAGAUAUUUCAGUAACAUAUCCGGAUAUAAUGGAGUAUUUGUUUGCGGACCCAAUCCUCAUUGGCUUUUUUUAACGGCGAGGGGGGAACUUCGUAGUCAUCCUAUGCUCAUAGACGGUCGAGUGACAUCAUUUGCUUCUUUUCACAACGUGAAUUGCCCUCUAGGAUUUUUAUAUUUUACCAGUAAAUGUGAAUUAAGGAUAUGCAUCUUACCAACACACCUGUCAUACGAUGCUCCGUGGCCUGUAAGAAAAGUUCCUCUUCGGUGCACGCCUCACAUGGUUACUUAUCACUUGGAAAGUAAAACGUAUUGUUUGAUAACAAGUUCGAGCGAACCUAGCAAUGAAUAUUUUCGUUUUAACGGCGAAGACAAAGAACAUUCCGUCGAGGAUAGGGAUGAUCGUUUUCCGUUGCCUUUGCAAGAUAAAUUUAGCAUCGUUUUGUUUUCACCUGUUUCUUGGGAAGUUAUUCCUAAUACAAAAAUGGAAUUAGAUGAAUGGGAGCACGUGACUUGCGUCAAAACGGUCAAUCUUAGUUACGAAGGAACGAGGAGCGGAUUAAAAGGUUAUGUCGCCGUGGGUACGAAUUAUAAUUAUAGCGAAGACAUAACCAGUAAAGGAAGGAUAUUGAUUUACGAUAUAAUUGAAGUUGUACCCGAACCCGGUCAACCGCUAACCAAAAAUCGUUUUAAAACUGUUUAUGCGAAAGAGCAAAAAGGACCGGUGACGGCUUUGUGUCACGUUUUAGGAUUUUUAGUCACCGCAAUGGGUCAAAAAAUUUAUAUAUGGCAAUUAAAAGACAACGACCUGGUAGGAAUUGCUUUUAUAGACACUCAAAUAUACAUUCAUCAAAUGAUAAGCGUUAAAUCGUUAAUAUUAGUAGCCGACGUUUAUAAAUCUAUAAGUUUAUUGCGUUUUCAAGAAGAAUACAGAACGCUUUCUCUCGUAAGCCGGGAUUUUAGGCCUUGCGAAGUUUACGCCAUCGAACUCCUUUUGGACAAUACGCAAAUGGGAUUUUUAAUAUCGGAUGUAGAAAUGAAUAUUAUCAUGUACAUGUAUAAACCCGAAGAUAGAGACAGCGUGGGAGGUCAGAAGCUAUUAAGGAAGGCGGAUUUUCAUCUCGGACAACACAUCAAUUCUUGGUUUAGAAUACGGUGCAGAUUGGGGGAUCAAGCGGAAAACUACGAUUUUCCCAUCGGUGCGGAAAAAAGACAUAUAUCCAUGUUUGCUACUCUCGAUGGAGCUCUUGGUUAUCUAUUACCGAUUCCCGAAAAAACAUACAGGAGACUACAAAUGCUCCAAAAUAUUUUAGUUUACCACAUCCCACAUUUAGCCGGAUUGAAUCCCAAAGCGUUUAGGAUAUAUAAAAGUGGAAGGAAAUUAUUAGGUAAUCCGUGCAAACGAAUAGUAGACGGAGAAUUAAUAUGGAUGUAUUUAUCUUUAACGGUUAUGGAAAAACAAGAUGUCGCCAAAAAAAUGGGUAGCAAAAUGGAUGACAUAAUAGAAGAUAUUGCAGUCAUAGAGAGACUUUCCGGUCAUUUUUAA